AUAGUAAUCCAACUCUCACCAGUACGUGCUAAUCCCAUGUAAUUCGCACAGAACCCUCUCUCCGGACCAGUCAUUUCAAGUCUUAUCCAACAUGCCAUGUAUUUACAACCUUUAACCCUUUAUUCAAACUAUCCUUAUCAAAUCACCAAUUUUUGCAUAAAAUCCAGCAUGUGCCUUAGAGCUCUGUCUAUUUAACAAUAUUGAUUAUAAGGACGGAUAACGUAAUGUUGGUCAAACAGUGUCACAACCCACUCCUUUUUUUUGUUAUGGUUUCGGUUUUUACCAGAGAUGAACUUCUCUUAAUUUAACUAGAGAGUAUCACUGGAUCUGAUUAUCUUUCCUUACUUCUGGUAAAUUCUUUGAUUUCUUUCUUAUUUUUGUUUCAGUUAAGCAAACAUGUUAGAAAGAUUAGUCAAUCAUUUAACAUCCAUGAUUCGUAACUUGUCUUGUUUUAAUUAGGUAAGCAUUCCAUAAACUCUUUCUUAAAACAAAAAUUUUAAACUAAUUACCCAGGAUUGAUACUUAGGAAAUUAAUUAUAAAAAAUUAGAAUAUACUUUUCACAUAGUUGACGUAACAAGGUUUAAAGGUUCACGCCAUACUCGCUCCAGGAGGCGCGUGGGCGGAGUGAUCUCUCCUUCACCAUCAAGCCUUCUUCUCCCCCAUCACCUCCAUUAAUGCCCCAAAAUAAAUAAAUAAAUAAAUAUUAUUUAUAAAAUUAAAUAAAUGUUAAAUAAAUAAAUUUGAAAAAUGACAGAAACCCCCGUCCUCCGUGUUUCUCUAACAUGCGCCAUUUUCUGUUCGCCACCACCACUAUCAUGCCCUCCUCAUCCUCCUCCUUCUCAGCCGCUGCCACGUCAUCCUCCUCCUUCUCCCCAACCCCCAAACCCAAAUCCUCAAACCCUAACUCUAACUCAAACCCUAAUUGCACCCUCCUCUGCAAGCACUCGCCCUCGGCGACCCUCGACCUCCUUAUCCUCAUCCUCGUCCUCUUCUCCGGGACCUUCCUCAUCACCUCCUACUUCGCCUACAUCUUCAACUCCCUCUCGCUUCUCCUCUCUCACUCCACCCUCCACCUCCUCCUCCACCACAUUCCCGUCCCCUACGUCGUCGGCUUCGUCGCCUUCUUCGCCGCCGCGCUGUUCGUAGUCGAGUUCUGCUGCGGCAUUCGAUCGAGGAAGUGCGAUAGGCCUGGGUGCAAGGGCUUAAAGAAGGCUAUGGAAUUCGAUUUGCAACUGCAAUCGGAGGAGUGUGUCAAGUCCGGGUCUAAAGAUAUCGAUAGGCUGCCGUGGAAGGGCGGCAGCGAGGGCAAUCCCGAUUACGAGUGUCUCAGGACUGAGCUGAGGCGGAUGGCGCCGACCAAUGGCCGUGCCGUUCUGCUGUUUCGGGCUCGAUGCGGAUGCCCGGUGGCCAAGCUCGCAGGCUGGGGUCCCAAGAGAAAACGUCGGCAUAAGAAGGCUCUGGCCAGUACGGCUCUUAAUGGAGGAGAUCAUCGCUGAUUAUUCAGGAUGCUUUCGCCACCGGAGUUCCCAUUACAUGUUCGAUUACCUGUUAAAUUAUAGAUGUUGGUUUUUUAUUCCUUGUAUUCUGGACUUCACUCUCAAUCAAAACAAUUCUUUUACAUUAGUCAUAUA